GCGUCUGUGACGGGACCUGAGGGGCGGGGGAAGUAGCGCCGGGGAUCCCGGCGCGCAGACUCUGCGGACUGGCGCCAGUCGCGCGCGCGGGGGGGGCCCGAUGAGCUGAUUCCCGGCGCUGGAGCAGCCUGAGAAGAGCCGACCCCCGCGUAGCGCGCAUCGCCGCCGCCAUGGCUCACUCCCCGGUGCAGCCGGGCCUGCGGGAGAUGCCGACUCUACAAGCAGAUCCAGAAGAACUGUUUACAAAACUGGAGAAAAUUGGCAAGGGCUCUUUUGGUGAGGUUUUUAAAGGAAUUGACAAUCAAACUCAGAAAGUGGUUGCUAUAAAAAUUAUUGAUUUAGAAGAAGCUGAAGAUGAAAUAGAGGACAUCCAACAAGAAAUCACAGUGCUGAGUCAGUGUGACAGUCCUUAUGUAACCAAAUAUUAUGGAUCUUAUUUAAAGGAUACAAAAUUAUGGAUCAUAAUGGAAUACCUUGGUGGAGGCUCUGCUCUUGAUUUAUUAGAGCCUGGCUGUCUUGAUGAAAUCCAGAUUGCUACAAUAUUGAGAGAGAUACUUAAAGGACUCGAUUACUUGCAUUCAGAAAAGAAAAUCCACAGAGAUAUUAAGGCUGCCAAUGUUUUGCUGUCUGAACAAGGAGAGGUAAAAUUGGCAGACUUUGGAGUAGCAGGACAACUAACAGAUACACAGAUAAAGAGAAAUACUUUUGUGGGAACUCCGUUCUGGAUGGCACCUGAAGUAAUAAAACAGUCAGCAUAUGACUCAAAGGCAGAUAUCUGGUCAUUAGGCAUAACAGCCAUAGAACUUGCAAAAGGAAAGCCACCGCAUUCAGCAUUGCAUCCGAUGAAGGUUUUAUUCCUCAUCCCAAAGAACAAUCCACCGACACUGGACGGAAACUACAGUAAACCCCUCAAAGAAUUUGUUGAGGCCUGCUUGAACAAGGAGCCAAGCUUCAGACCAACAGCAAAGGAGCUCUUGAAACACAAAUUCAUAAUACGAAAUGCAAAGAAAACAUCCUUCCUGGCAGAACUCAUUGAUAGGCACAAGAGGUGGAAGUCUGAACAGAGCCAUGAUGACUCCAGCUCUGAAGAAUCGGAUGCUGAAACCGAUGGCCAGGCCACAGGUGGUCGCGAUUCAGGGGACUGGAUCUUUACAAUCAGAGAAAAAGACCCCAAGAAUGUAGAGAAUGGAGCAGCCCAGCCACAGAAACUAGAAAGUAAUAAGGAAAAAGAUACCCCCAGGCGUCCUUUGUCUCAGUGUUUAUCUGCAAUUAUAUCUCCUUUAUUUGUGGAGUUGAAAGAGAAAAGUCAGGCAUAUGGUGACAACAUGGGGUCCAUAGAAGAACUGAGAGAAGCAAUUUAUUUAGCUGAGGAGGCUUGUCCAGGCAUUUCAGAUACCAUGGUAUCGCAGCUUGUACAGAGGCUUCAGAGAUAUUCACUGACUGGAGGAAGUACUUCGUCUCACUGAAGUAUUAGUUUUGAAUUUUUCAAAGUCAACAGGCCACCCUGUGGUGUCUGCAUUGAGGAAGUGCUCUUUAAUGUUGAUCAACCGCUCUUCAGUGAAAGGACAUUGCUGAAUGUGCAACAGCAAAAAUGAAGUCUCUCAGAUGGGGUGUUGUUUUUCAGCUCCUUAAACCUAUAGUUUUUUUUAACCAUAGUGCACAUAUUUAAGGAAAGAAGUGUCUUUUUAUGACAUCGGCAAUGUAUAUUUACAUUUGUGAUAAGGACACUGAAGAUAUUGUGAAAUCUCAGGUAUUUUGCUUUAAGAUAAAUCCUUUGGGAGAUAGAAAUGCAUUCUGUUGGAUUUGUGUACAUAUUUGUAUAUA